UCUAUAUUUUAAAAAUAAAGAAGGUGAAAUGAAAUAUGAAACAUAAACCAGGGCAAAACCAAGAUAUAAAAAAGGAGAAGGGCACUUAAACAAAACUAAAGUCUCAUCUCACUCUCACAUCAGGUCUAUUUACGUUGUCCAUUUUCACUUCACCUUUUCCUUGGAGAAUUCUUCUUCCUCUCUUCUUCAUGGUGUGUAUGUGGCUCAUACUAACAGAGCAAAAAUAUUAGACUAGUGAUCAAACACUUUACUCUUUCGCCUUCCCUCCAUCACGACUAUUGCAACGCAUACCCAGUCUUUCUGCUAUGUUGAGUAUUGAUUACAGAGCUUCUACCAGCAAUGGAGACGAGGACCAUGACGAUGAAGAGAUCAGAGACAUCCAUGCUCUAACCCCACCUCCCCCUCCUCCUCCUCCACAGGUUAGCCGUGGCCGUAGAAGAGAGGCUUGGGAGACUAGCAGCCAUCGGUCCUCUUCCUUAUCUACAACAAGCGAAGGAGCUUCAAGUGAGAAUUUUACAAGCAUGAGCAGGGAAUUCAAUGCACUACUGAAUAUGGCAGGGUCGGCUAUUGGGAACAAUGGUAAUGAAAAUGAUGGUGGGGGUGCCGGAAACAACUUGGGUAGGAUUGGGGAGGAGGAGAUGCCGGAGGAGACGAACCCGUUGGCUAUCGUGCCGGACACUAGUUUGUUGGACCCUGUCCCGUCUCCAAGACAUGUGGCUGCAGGUGCAGGUGGGCUUUCGACUACGAGUAGUCACAGUGAGGUGUCUGUGCAGAGGGUGAAGAAGGAGGAGGUGGAUGCAAAGAUUUCAGCAUGGCAGACUGCGAAGAUCGCCAAGAUUAAUAAUCGGUUUAAGAGGGAGGACGCCAUAAUCAACGGCUGGGAGAGUGAAGAGGUUCAGAAAACCACAUCAUGGAUGAAGAAAGUCGAGAGGAAGCUGGAGGAGAAAAGAGCAAGAGCCUUAGAGAAGAUGCAGAAUGACGUGGCAAAAGCACACAGAAAAGCAGAGGAAAGGAGGGCAUCAGCUGAGGCUAAGAGGGGAACCAAAGUGGCUAGGGUUCUUGAACUAGCCAACUUGAUGAGAGCCGUUGGAAGGGCUCCAGUCAAGCGGUCCAUCUUUUGAGUCCUACCAUGCUAUAUGAUACUUGAUUUCUACAACAUUUAUAAAUACUUCAAUACAAGGACACAUAAUAAUUGCCCCUAAUAUAUAAGGGUCCCUUCGUAUUUUGAACUAUAAGGGUACCCUACAUAUAUGUAUAUGGGAUUGGGGCAAUGGGAACUGCAGGUUGAGUGUUUUGUUUCUUCAAUGGUUCAGUUUUCCUCUUGAUGCAUCAUCAUCGACCUUGCUUCUCAAGACCAGUCACAGACACACUGUGAUUGGUCACAGGCGGAGCCGGGAUUCGCAAACCAAGGGCAAAAGUGAACCAACUUCGAUGACUGUGUGAUGAUUUUGAAAAGGGUUUGGUCUUGUACAGUUGCUUGUAAUUUUGCAAUGGAAUUGUAUUAUUAGCUA